AUGCUCCGACACGCGUUGCGUGGACGAGAAGCUGUCGGAGCUUCUUGCCGUAGUCUUCUCACCUCUUCAUCACGUAACCUUGCAUCAUCCAGGGAUUUUGACUACAUUAUCGUUGGUGCUGGCUCGGCCGGUUGUGUGCUUGCCAACCGCUUGAGCGCCGACCAUAGCAACAAAGUUCUGCUCAUAGAGGCCGGUCCUAGUGAUCGCAAUCGAUGGGAUUCUUUUCUAAUUGAAAUGCCGGCGGCGAUUCCUAUCAACCUUGCGGGGAAACGGUACAAUUGGAGCUUUGAAACCGAGCCGCAAGAGUUUCUCAACAACCGUAAAAUUUUGUAUCCAGGUGGACGAGUCCUUGGUGGAUCUUCGUCUUUGAAUGCUAUGGUUUACAGUCGAGGUCAUGCAAAAGACUACGAUAGGUGGCAAAGUAAAGGAGCUCAAGGGUGGAGUUACGCCGACUGUCUGCCUUACUUUAAACGUUCUCAGAAUCAUCAACUCGGGGGUGAUGACUAUCGUGGGGGCAACGGUCCACUUCACGUAACACGAAAUACACAGAAGAAUCAACCACUUUUUCAAGCAUUUCUUGAUGCUGCUGUGGAGGCGGGAUACCCUUUCACCGACGACCUAAAUGGUUACCAGCAAGAAGGUUUUGGAUGGCACGAUCUGACCAUUUACAAUGGCAAACGAAUGAGCACGUCCGCAGCUUAUUUACAUUCUGUGAUGGACCGUGAGAACUUAACAGUUAUGACUGAAACGUAUGUAAAUAAAGUAGUUUUCGAUGGGAAGAAGGCAAUUGGGAUUGAAAUUGAAGAUGCCAAAUCAAAAGCUAUAUCGAGGAUAUACACGACAAACGAAGUGAUUCUUUCAGGCGGUGCUAUCAAUUCUCCUCAGCUACUGAUGCUUUCUGGUGUUGGUGAUGCAGACCAUUUGAAAGAAUUUGAUGUGCCUUUAGUACAACACCUGCCAGCAGUUGGAAAGAACAUGGAGGACCACGCUGGUGUUAAUCUGCAAUUUGCGUGCAAACAGCCAGUUACGUUAUACAAUGCAUCAAAACGGUAUCUAGGUAAUGUAUUGAGAAUCGGAUACGAGUGGUAUACGUCCAAGACUGGCCCAGGCGCGACUCCACAUUGCGAAGUGGGUGGAUUUAUUCGCACUGCACCAAGAAAAGAGCAGCCUGACUUGCAGAUUAUCUUUAGUCCCUGUGCUGUAGACCUGCGAUACCAGAUGCGCGAAGACAUCGGCCACGCUAUGUCUGGACAUAUUUGCCUUUUGCAAGGUUCAAACAACGGAACGCUUGCAUUGCGUAGUGCCAAUCCUCGCGACUAUCUGAAAAUCGAUCCAAAGUAUUUGAGCAAUGAAGACCAACGCAUCACACUUCGAGAAAGUGUCAAACUGACACGUGAAAUCUUUGCUCAAGCAGCACUUGAUGAAUUUACGGGCGGCGGAAUUUCUCCAAAAGACAGUGUUCAGUCGGACGAAGAUAUCGACGCGUGGCUACGCAAAUAUGUUGGAGGAGAGUUUCACGUGUCGUGUACUGCUCGUAUGGGAAGUGACGAGACUUCAGUUGUGGAUAUACAAACUCGCGUUCACGGAUUAGAAGGUCUGCGAGUCGUCGAUGCGUCUAUCAUGCCAAAUAUUGUGAGUGGCAAUACAAAUGCAGCAGUAAUCAUGAUCGCAGAAAAAGCCGCUGAUAUGAUUCUAGGCAAGCCAGCGCUGCCAAAAUCAAAUGUUCCAGUCUAUCAACCAAGCGACUGGCAAACUUGUCAGCGAUAA